AUGCGUCGCCAAGUAGACAAGAAUCGUCGGCCCGAGGGUAUCGAAGCUUCAGCAACCCCAUCUCGCCGUCGAUCUAGACUCCUCACUCUCUUAUCGAGGCGCAACCAAACCAGCCAUCAAAAUGGUUCCUUUGCCCAGGAGCCACCCAGUACAGUCACCAUAGACCAAGUGUCGACUGACAUGUCUACAAAAUUGACGCAAAUUGGAGGCUCUACAGUGGUUAAGCAAGGAGAUAACUUGCAAGACACGCUUAGCCCUGAAAGCCUCGAGUCUUGUGCAUCGUCGUCAUCUCCUUCUUUGUGGGACGUUGCUUAUGAUGCGCUUCGCGAUGACAAUGAUGAGAGCAAACAAAGGGUGGAAAAGUACGAAAAGAUACUUUCAAGCAAGCUUCAAGCCACACAUCUUGACCCGCCAGUCGGAGUCAGCGGGGAUGUAGAUGCACAUCGUAUCGAUGUGAAUACAGUGGACAAUGCCAUUACUUCAGAUCAGAGCAGCCGACGUAGACAGAUGACGAGGAUCACGGAACUCGGCUUGGAAAAGAGAGACUCAGAACAGAUUAAGUUCCACAUUGGAGAAACUGAGAUUAACGUUGGGGACCAGGUCAAGAAAGGGCUGUCUUUCAUCCAAUGGGCCCAGGGAUGGGUUGGCCAAGCUGUGGCUUUAUCUCCUGAAGCUUCUGUAGCCUGGGCCGUUGUUUCUUUGGCGCUACCUCUACUCACGAACCCAAUCUCGACGACUGAAGCGCACGAAAACGGCUACGAAAAGGUUACGUCUCUGAUGCAGUAUUACGUCGCGCAGGAAACACACUUGUUGGGGAUCAACAAAGGCACCAACCAAAGCGCCACCAAUGACAGGUCCUCGGACAAAGGAACACAUUCCGAGAUAACAGCUCAGAUAGCAGAGCUUCGAAAGCGCAUCAUUGAGCUUUACAAAGCGAUCCUCGACUUCCAAAUACAAAGUGUUCUCCGCUUUUAUCGAAAUCGUCUCAAGCUGUUCGCCGUCGAUGCACUCUGCUUGACUGACUGGGCAGCUUUGACUCAGGCAGUCGAGUCUCGGGAAGUCGAUGUCAAAGAACUGAACCAGUGUAUCCUCUCAGCAAAAACCAAUCAUUCCCUCGAACUUAUGAGAGAGGAAGCUAUCGAGGUCCAGAAGAAGUGGCACAUACAUCUCUCUGCUCUGGAGGGUUUGUCAAAGGAUAAUCUUGCGACCAGCAAGGAGAUUCUGGUGGUGUCCUCUCAGAACGGCGAAACGGCCAAACAACAGCUCGCAUCUUCUGAGCGAGUGGAGGCUACAUUGAAAGAGCUUCACAAUAUGGCAAUCAAGCUUGUUUCUGACAAGUCGGUGGAGAAGACUGAGCUGAUGCGACUUUUCGCCGAACAGGUCUCCUACGAUGCUGGCCCAGAGAAGACCAAGGAUCGCAUCGUGAGCAUGGUUGGAGGCACUGGCAGAUGGCUUCUCGAAAGCGACUCUUUCCAUGCUUGCUUGAACCACAAGUCCGGACUCCAUCUUGCCACCGGACUCCCAGGGUGCGGCAAGUCGGUCAUCUCCAGAUAUUUGAUCGACACAGUCCUUCCUGGACGUGGGUUUACGACCACAUGUUACUUCUUCUUCGACCAACACAGCACGGCGCAAGCGCUGUGCUCCAUGCUUCACCAGGUCUUUACACAACACGAAGUUCUUAUUCACCAUGCUUUCGACGAAUACGAGCGUCGAGGGAAAACCAUUGUCCACAAUUCUGCAGUCCUGUGGCAGAUCCUUGAAGCAGUGGCUGGAGAUCCUGAGGCUGGCCGCAUGGCGUUGGUUAUUGAUGCUUUGGAUCAAUGCAAAGACGAUCAGAUUGGUGACUUCAUUCUAGAUCACCACCGCACAGACGGUAGCCUACCACUUUUCGUAACGACACGUCCGUACGACUACAUCAUCAACGGAUUCGAAGACGGCGAUGAAACUGGAAUUUUUAAAACUCGCGGAGACGAUGAGCAAGCGACUGCCCUGAUCACUGCCGAGGUUGAAAAAGUGGUCGAGCAGCGCAUCAGCAAGCUUCGGUGGCCUGAACGCAUGAAACAACGACUCAAAGAACGAAUGUUACAGGUCAAAAACCCGACUUAUCUCUGGAUACGUCUCAUCUUUGAUGCUCUCGAGCCGAGGCGCGGCCGCGCGUCUCGCGGGUUUUUACCCACUAGUCAAAAUAUCGACAAACUUCUGUCUGAGCUUCCUCAAGAUUUCAACGAAGCGUACGAUCAAAUCUUGAGCACAACUGCUAAUCAAGGCCUGAUGCGUACUGCUAUGAGUCUGAUCAUUGCUGCUCAGCGACCCUUGAAAGUUAGAGAGAUGAGCGUGGCUAUGCAGUUAUCAUCGUCCACAUCAUCUUUAAAUGCCUUGCUCGAUGAUCUUCUCGAUGAUUCGCAAUUCGAAGACGCCUUGAAGCAAUGGUGUGGUCUCUUCAUCAUCAUCCAGGACAGCAGCAUAUACCUUCUUCAUGAAACUGGGCGAGAGUUCUUCACGAGGCCACCGCCUGCGCACCCUCUGAAAGCGUUGACUUGGCAAGGAUCUAUCAGUCUCGAGGAAGCCCACAUGACAACAGUAAAGAUAUGCAUUUGGGCACUAAGUCAACAGGACCUACUUAGUAGCACCGGACAACCGGUGCUCCUGAAGACAGAAGGACUCCCAUUGGAAGAGUUGAUCAACCAAACGACAUAUACACUAAACCAGUUUUACAACACCACUUACCCAUUUAUCAUAUACGCAUCUCUUUAUUGGCCAAUACACGUCCGCGAGUCCGGCAAACUUCCUAUGGAGCUGGAAACACUCUACAACAGUCUGACUGAGCCAUCGAAUGACCUGUGCCAGGCUUGGUUUGGGCUGUACGCUUUCAAUUGCCAUCUCCCCAUUAUCCUCCAGCAAAUAGAUCGGUCUAGUUUACGAACACUUUUGGGUCACAGGCGACAGGUACUCAAGGACGUCGAGGAAGACCCAAAACUUCUGAUUCCUGUCAGUAAGAAUUCAGAUCGCCAAGGGUUCAAUCAACCGCUCCCACUCAUUCUUGCAGCCAUGAUGGCCCACGACGUCGACAUGGUCAAGGCGCUUCUCCAAGUUGGAGCCGAUCCUAACGACUCCUUUGGACCAGAGGCACCGCUGCCUUGGCUUAUCCACGAAUGCCCCCCGAGUAUGCUUUGCCUCGUACCGCUCUUGCUUCAAAGCGGGGCGAUGACCACCCCGGUGGUGUUUGAAGACUGGACAGGCCGCACGCCGGUUUAUGCAGCUGCAAGGAAGGGCCUUUAUGAGACGGUGAAUAUAUUACUGGAGCACGAAAGCUGCACAGGGGUUUCUAGUACAGCAUCCCUCGCCAACUACGGAGAGACUCCUCUCCAUGUCGUCACAGAUGUCGCCACAAUGAAGGUGCUCCUACAACAUGGCGCAGACCCGCUAGCAUUGGAUGAAGCAGGGCGGACGCCACUUGAAACCUGCAAAGGAUACGAGCUCAGGCGUCUGCUGUUCGAAGCUUGCCAUGCGGAAAUUGACGAAAAGUACGUUAGAGAAGCCCUCGACACUGCAACGAGCCCUGAGGAGGUCGCCUUGUUUUUUGCGUAUGGCGCAAAGCCAUCCUUAAGGAACAAUAACGGUGGUGUGCCACAAUUCACUAAUUGGGCCUUGAACGUAACUGCUUCAAGGUCCGAACAGACAGAGCAGCGGGGCAUCCUCCGGGAAUACCUUAAGCACUGCGACCUCGAGUUUCGGGAUGAUACAGGCAAUACCCCACUGUUACAUUAUGCCUCGCGGGGCAUCGCUGUUGUUUUGCAGGAGCUUCUCACGUGUGGAGCUGUAACUGACGCUCGCGAUCACGAGGGCAGGACUGCUUUGCACCAUCUUUGCUCUGGGAAUUCUCAUCCGGAAUGGGGAAAUCCCCAGCAGCGAGCCCUGGGAAUGCGUUAUCUUCGUGAUGCUCUCAAGGAUGACGCCUUGUUGCACGCAACAGACAGCCAGGAACAGACAGCGCUACAUCGUGCUUGUAGAUGGACAGACGAGCAGAUGAUUCGACUUCUCGUUGACAGUGGUCUUUCGGUUGAAGCUGUUGAUAAGAAGGGAAGAACGCCCCUGAUGCAUGCCAUCGGGUCCCACAACGCUGUGCAUAACGUUCCCAUACUGCACCGAUGCGGUGCGCGAAUGGAUGUGUGCGAUGGCAGCGGUCUCUCAGUGUUCCAUCUGCUUUUCGCUGGAGAAGAUUCUGCUUACUCGGAUGGCAUCGUGCGAGUCCUCGCUGCCAGGAUGGAUAUCAACAUUGCAGAUCAAGAUGGCAGAACACCUCUCAUGCAUGCGGUCGGGCGCAACUUCAAUUGGUCAACUUAA